CUAUUUCCACUCUAGUAAAAGGUUUUGGGCUGUGCGUGAAGCUCAAUUUCAAAAUAAUCACCAGCUGUAUUUCUCGAAAAACACUACACGGUAUCAAAACAUCAAUUUGUACUCUCUUCACCACCACCUAGGGUACUUCAAACCUCUUGGACUUAUAGGUAUCACUCUGAUAUACCAUGAUUAGGAAACCAAGACUUAAACCCUUGCUGCUGGUCAGUCUUGCCACGUUGUUGUUUUUUUUAAUUCCUUCACAAAUCACAUCUAAAGAAAAGAAUAAUACCCAUUUCAUUAAUAAACUAGAGUUCAACCAUGAUUCACUGGAUAGUAAUUGUCAAAGCUAUUUCAAACACUAUUCCCAAGGUAAUAUCCAAUACUCUUAUUCAGAUUAUGUCUUUGAAGAAACUCUAGAUGAAUACCUCAAAAAGCAAAUUGAAAAAUUCCCAAGUUAUUCAAAUCAACAAUAUAAAUCUUGGAUAACAGAUCAUAAAGAUCAUAGAACCUCAUAUCUUGAAAUGGAACAAAACUUGAUAAACCAAACAAUAGAUACACGGAUCUAUGGUAAUUGCUUUCUAAAGCCAAAUCAUAUAACUAAUGAACAUUGUGGAUUAUUACAAGAAAAUUUAUUCCCCUUCCUAACUUUCCAAUCUCCAAUAUUGACAAAAUUUGAUGGUAAAACUUGGGAAUAUUCUCAAGGCGAUUGCUUUUUACAACAAAUUUAUAAUCAAGCUCAAGGUCAAGGAAUUGUUGUUUCUGCUAAAAAUAGUCAUUAUCAACAAUUGGUUUCAUUAUUAUUAACCCUAAGAAUCUUGAAUAAUACAUUACCUAUCCAAAUUGUUCAUAGAGGUGAUUUAUCAAGAUCAAGACAACUUCAAUUAACUAGAUUAUCAAGACUAGACCUAUUACAAAUGAUUCAUGAAAAUACAGAAUAUGUUGAACCAUUAAUUGGAUUAGAAAAUUAUAAUCAAACCAUGUUGAAAAACUCUCAAUACCCAAGAUUAGAUAUUCAAUUCCUAAACAUCAAACCCACAAUUUCAAAAGAUUUCACAAGACAAUUCAAACAAUACUCAAACAAACUAUUGGCAACUUUAUUCACCACUUUCAAAGAGGCAAUAAUCAUGGAUGCAGAUGUCAUCCUGUUUAAACCUCCACAAGAACUAUUAUCAAUCCCUGAAUAUAAAUCAACAGGUGCCUUCUUCUUCAAAGAUCGUGAACUAAUAAAUCGUUCAUCUGAUGAAGAUAAAAUUUUUUGGAAAAAAUUGAUGCCCCUGGGGAAAGAAUCAAUCUUCAACAUUCAACAACCUUCAGAUCAAACUUUCAAUAAUCGUUACUUCCAUGGUUUCACCCAUCUAGUCGAAGCAGGUAUCGUAUUGAUGGAUCGCUCCACACAUUUCCCAGGGAUUUUACACUCGUUACAAUUAUCAUUAUGGAGAACUGCCACUAAAAGAGUAUGGGGUGAUAAGGAACUUUUCUGGUUAUCACAAGCAAUCUCAGGCACGGAUUCAUACAGUUUUAAUAAAGACGCGGCCGGUGCAGUUGGUGAAUUAAUCACCAGUGAUGGUGUGCAGAAAAUUUGUUCAAACCAACCGGUUCAUUUAUACAAUGAUUCAUUAUUAUGGAUCAAUUCAGGUUUCAAAUACUGUAAAAAUGGUGGUGCCUCUCGUGAUUUAAAAUAUUUCGAAGGAAUGGAUAUGUCAACAUUGGUGGAGAAAUAUAAAGGUCCUUUAAAUGUUAGUGCUGUUGUCGUACCGCCUCAUGUUGAUGAAUUAUACCUUUCUUGGACAAAAGAAAUGGAGGAAUUGGAGUCUGAAGAAAGGAUUCAAGGUUGGUAUAAUACGGCAAUGUGUGCAGGUUAUACAUAUUGUGCUGCUUCUCCUGUUGUGGUUAAUGAUUGA